CUUCCAUUUAUAUAUGUUCUAAGGGUCUAUGGUUUUCGCGGGCAUGACAAGUGAAUGAGAGGAAUAAAAGUUUUUAAUUUUGAGGAUAUAUUUAUAUGCCGAAAGAGAAACAAAUUCUUUUCAAUAUGGAUAAAAGAAAAUUAAUAUUUAAUACAGGCUUGCAUAAAAAUUUGCAACCAAUCAGUCAAUCAUUAGAGCGGACCGGUUCUAUUACUACGAGCAAUAAACAAACAAGUCCUCAUGCAAUCAACAUUGCAAUGCAAGAGAAAUUCGAUUUACUUCAUGAUGGAAAUUUAUCAGAUAUUAGAUCAUCAAAAUCAUUAAAUAAUCAGUCAAUAGUAAAGAAUAGGUCUUGUAUCGAAAAUAAAGAAAUAAAUUUUUGUGAAACUGAGAAAGAUAUAUUGAAAAAAAAUAAUUUUUCUGUUGCCAAUAAAUUGUUAAAAACUAAGGCAUUAAUAUCAAAACAGCUUAAUAGUCAAAUAUUAGAGAAUAUAUCUGCAACAAGUCAACAAGACAACAAUCAUUUGUCAGGAGAAGGUAUAUCAAUAACAAGCAGGUCUUUACAUAUUGCUAAUCAUACAGUUGGACGAAAACGUAAAAUUACUUGUUCACCAGAGGAAGCUUCAGAUAGCGAUCUUGACUUUUUGUAUAAUGAGCGUACAGUUAUAAAGAAGAAACGGAAUGAAAUUCUACCUGAUAGAAAUUCGCAACAUGUUGCCCAAAAUAUUAAUCACAAUCAUGAUUUUACUGAAAAAAAACUUUCUGUGGUUUCUAAAUCGUCUGUUAAACCAAAUAUUAAAUCUAGUAUUUCCCAAAAGAAGCAACAGGAUAAAUAUAAAGAAUCUGUUUCAUCUACAGAGUUAAAGAAAUAUAGACUUAACAAAGAUUUGGAGGAAUGUAGAAUUAACACCGACGAAUAUUUUUCAAAAAAGCAGGAUUUCUAUGUACCUCCUGUUUUUUCUAACUUUUUGCAGAAAUGUGGUAUUACAAUAUCAAAUAAUGGUAUAUAUAUACUUAAUGUUCCUUCAUCCAUUGCCAAAUGGAAGAUGAGAAAUAUAUUAAACUCAAAGCAAUGUCAGAAAAAGGAUAUAAUUGGUUCGAUAGAGGAAUAUGUUAGAAAUGAAGAAAGUUUUGAAAAAAUGUUAAACGAUAUGGAAUUAUCUAUUGAUAAUAGAAGUUUCAGUACUUUAAAUAAAAUAUCUCUGGCAAGAAUAUUACUAGAAGUUACAGAAAUUCAAGCAGACAUAUAUAAUAUAUUUAUAUCUAAACUUAAUGAAUCUAUUCUUUUAUUAGAUACUCCAGAAAAAAUAUCUUGGGCUGUACCAUUGUUACAUCAGUUUCGUUUUCUGGAUACUAUAACCAAUGUUGGUAUAGUAACUACAAAUAUAGAACAGCUAUUAGAAACAUGUCCAUCAUGGUUUCAAUAUGAGCUCAUUUUAUUCUUGCCUGAUAUUUUGUCAGAUAUUCAGCAUCAAAACAUUGCUGAAAUACUAACAAAAAUGUUGGAAGAAAAUUGUGAAUUGACAAAUGUAGUCUUAAACUGUAUUGCCAGUUUUAAUCUUGAUAAAGAAUAUUUAGAAGACUAUAAAAUUAAAGUAUUACAUUUGUUAAAAACAAAUAUGAAAGUAGAAUUUAUACCAAUUGUUAUCAGAUUUCUUCUUAACAAUUAUAUAUGUUCCGAUAUUGUCAAACAAAUGUUGCUUAUACUACGCAAUAUAGAAAUGCAGCCUCUUGCUGGAGAUAAAGUUGAGGAAUGUUAUAAAAAUCAAGUACAGAUAAUUCAAACAUUAAAAAUGUGUAUGUCAUUAGAUAAAGAUGUGACAUAUGCUGCAAUAAUGGUAGUAAAAGAUAUUAAUAAAAAUCCAAAACCAUUAGAUUUAAUCAUUUUGCUCCUUGUAUUCUCUGGAACAACAAGACAAAAAACUGCAGAAGUCUUAUUGAAACAAAACAUCCGUUGUGGUUUUUAUCGGAUAAGUUUGCUUCAUACACUUUAUAAUGAUUACAAAGAGGUCAUUCGAGAAUUACAACCAUCGAUAUUACAAUUAGCGAGUAAAUUGUUAAAAUCUGAAGAGCAUGUGUUUAUUAAUUUUGCGAUUGAAUGGUUUCGAUUGCAGUUUUUCAAUCAGAAAGGAGCAUUGUUUAAACAGCGUGAGAUUAUAGAAAAGAUUAUUCUACUUAUGGGUAAUAAUGAUCAAACUGUAAAACAUGCAAUGACUAUACUUUGUAAAAUGGCAGAGAAUAUGGUUGAAAGAGAUUGUUUAGUAUCACAAUGCAAUCAUCUAAGAAUUUUAUUAGAAAAAAUAGAUUGCUUUGGACUUGAAGAAAUUGGCACUUUAAGUGAUUUAUUGCACCAAUUAUGUUUAGUUGACAAUUCUACUUUAGAAUCCUUACGAGAUGACUUAUUUAUACUGCUGCAAAAACAAUUGUCCACUGCUAAACCACUUACGAAAUGCAAAGGUGUCAUGGGAGCAGUAAUGGCAAUAAAACAUCUAGCAGGAAAGACUGAAAGUUGCGAUAAAGCUCUGAAAUUAUUUAAUAAGGUAAUGAAGAGUGUGAAAAAUUGUUCUAAAUCGCAACCUUUAUUUUAUGACCAAUUGGCGCAAGUAAUUGCAGAAACUGAAACAAUUAAUAUUAACUUUCUUCACAAAAUUAGUAACUGUAUCGAAGACGAGUUUGUUAAUACAUAUAUGACAGAUAAACCCCAAUCCAGUGAAGAUUUAAUACCUAAAUUUGGAUUGAAUAAUGCAGAACAUGAACCAGAAAAUUAUGUGUUAAAUUUUGGAAACAAAAGAAAUGGUCCGAUUGCGCCGAUAUUGUUUCGACUUCUCAAGACAUGUUGUAUGAAGACCAGCAUACAUGGAGAAUUGGAAGCUAUAGAUGCUCUUUUAGGGUGUAAAAUGUUAAUGCCACAAAAUUUUGAUAUACCGGAACCUCCAAUACUAGAUCUUAUUAUAUGCAGUAUUAAUUGGCUUAGGGAAAUAAUUACAGGCUUUGUCACACAAACAGAUCCUUUAUUACGAGAACAAGUAUUAAAACGCUUAGACACUUUGAUAUAUUUGCAAGGUGAACUGAAUAUGCUACUAAUAUUAUGUGACACUAAUUAUCAACCCCCACCAUGUUACUUUCAUUAUUUUCCAUUACCGCAAUUUGUAAAAAUUGAGAAGAAGUCUAGUAAAAAGGGAAAGAAGCCUACGAAAGGAAAUAAAUUGAACAUAUCUAUAAAUAUAGAAGAUGAAUCCAGAGAGAUAAGUUCUACAUUAUGUUCUAAAAAUCCAGCAUAUUUCAGAAAGUUUGAUGCAAAGAUAGCCCAUCUUUUGGAUGUCAAAAUAGAUUCACCAGAAUCUGAGACAAAAGGGAUAUCAAUAAAACAAGUUUGUUUUCUUGUUAGAGAACUUCUAGCAAUAUUCGAAAAUGAACCUUCCGAAUCUUUUGUGAAAGAUUUAAUACAGCUAUUACCAAAGAUUUGCUCAAAAUUAGACGAUGUUGUCGGCAGAUUGAGACAAGAUAACACUCAUGAAUUUAAAAAAGCAGCAAAAUUAUUAUUAUGCCUUCUCACCAAAAUUUUCAAUUGGAAAGGAUUUUUGAGUGUCACAUAUAACACAUUGCUACGAGAGGGAUUACGUAGUUUAGCUGGACAAAUUAAUGCAGAGAAUGCACGAUUACGAUCUUGCAAGGAACUUGUUGCAGAAUCUUAUAAAUAUUUUGAAUCGUUGUCAGACAUUGUUACCGAAAUAUCAUUAGCCACCGCUCUUGUCAAUAUGUGUCAAUCUUUAAUGAAACAUUCUGAAACCUAUACCCAACAUCAUAAAACUAAACAUGCAAAAUUAGCUUACGGAUUUCUUUGCUUGGAAUGGCCCGAAGAUAAAUAUACUGGUCCUCAAUAUAGGUUAUCUAUUAUCCAAUUAUUAAAUAACUGGAUAGAUAAUGAACCAUCGCCAUUAGAUACAGUGACAUUAAUUUUGGAAUGGUUACCAGAUGAAGUCUCCAAUUUUGAAAAUAUCCAGAAUGUUUUAACAAGAAUGCCUUCUCUAAACAAAAAUAUUUUUCAUUUAUUAUAUAAAAAACUCUUUGAUGGUUUAAUUAAAGGUAUCAAUAUAUCAUUAUCAGCAGUCAAUUCAGAUCCAAAGAGAAUAAAAAUAUGGCAUAACAUUGCAUCAAAUGUUCAAAAACUUGUGCAGAUUUGUAAAAUAUUGAAAACAAAUGCUAAUAUACAACUGUUUCUAAGAUACAUGCCUCUUCUAACAAGACAGUUUCUAAAUAUUGGUAUGCCAAUACUAGAACAUAAUCUGAAAUAUCAAACAGAUGAUGUAACUAGUAUUCUAAAAAUGAUGCAAGGUGGUACACGGUACUUACACGCUAUAUGUUGUGACUGCACAGAAAAAAAGAACUUACCACUGACUAAAUAUGUGCCUGCAGCAAAGUCUACAUUGGAGAAAUUAAUUUAUAGUGUCAAAGGAAUGUUGGUUCUUAACGAUAGUGCGGCAGCUUUUUGGAUGGGAAAUCUUGUCAAUAAGAAUUUAGAGGGUCGCGAAAUUCUUUCACAGGUUUUUACAUCAUCAGAAGAAACCACUUUAUCAGAAAUUAAUGCAGCUUCUGAAGAAUUAAUAAAUGCAUCAUCUGAAAUUUUAGAUUCUGAUUUAGGCGAAGAUCCAAUAGAAGAAACAGACAUUGAAGACAAUGACAUCGAUGAUUUGUAGUUUUUUUUUUAUACAAUGGCUAAAUAAUGGAAAUAAAAGUUCACAAGAUCUUAAUCUUUUCCAUUUAAAAGACAUUGUAGAUCCACUGAAAAGAUGUUACAAUAUCUUUUGAGUACAAAAAAUUAAUAGGGAUUAAUAGAUGGACUAACAUUAAAUAUUCAUUUAAAAUUAAGAUUAUUAGGCUUAUUAAGAUUAUUAAAACUAUAAUAAGAUUAUUAUAUAUUC